CUCAUGUCAUGUCAUGUGUAUUUGUGUAUGUGUGUUUUGUAUGGGGUUUGUGUAUAUAUGUUGGUGGUGGUUUUUAUUUAUUUUCUCUAUCUAUCUAUCUAUCUACCUAUGCUGGUAUGUUAUGAACUAUAAUUUCAUGCAAUACUUCGGGUGCACCUUUUUAAAACACCCACCCUGGGAAUUUGUCUAUUCUUCUCUCCACACUGCAAACUACCGGCAAGAACAAACUAGAGCACCAACUAUUUUUUAUACGCAUGCGCAUAAAGCCUGCAGUGAUUCGCUACGAACACGAAGUGCGUAAGCAUGGCACAGAUUGCGAGAAACAAAAGAUGUAGGGAUGGGGUUAUGACUGACCCUCUGUCUUAGUGUAGGCUUCUUGUUCCCUUCUUUUCAUGACACACUGUCGUAUAAUAUUUAGGGCAGCGGCAGCAGUGACUACGCGCAUAGCUAACGGCGGAGAGCGGCUAGCAGCAGUGCGUAUAGCUAUCUGCCGUGUGUGCCUCCUGGGGUUGAUUGUGAGGGAUGGGGCAUAUAUAUGCCUGAUGGUCGUCCUGCUGGCAAUUGCGUGCAUGUCUGAGGGGCAAAUGGAAAUCGGUAUUUUGGAUGGAUUCUCAUCAACCCUGCGCUAUCUCAACGGCAACUGCUCGUGGAGAGUUACUACAAUUGUAGCAGGGAAUGAGGUAGAGGUGACUGAGUGUAGGACACCUGACUACACUGUUUCUGAGGUUCCAAGUUUUGCUCAUCUCUCUGCCAUGUUUGAAGAUUCUAGUAAUCUGUUGAGAGUUCAGUUCACAAUAGUUAUCUAUGGUGUCGUCAAUGUCUCGUUCAAUGUUACAAGAGCUGAAGCUGCAAAAGGGACCGUAAUAUAUGACCUUCCCUCCCACAUAUCUCCAAUGGAUGUUUGUGAUGUACAAAGCGAAAUUUAUGGUGGAAAUGUGAUCGGCAACAGUAAUUCAUUCAGUAUACUAGUUCCAGAAGCUUGCCUUCCGUCCACCUCUGAAACUUUGUCAACGGGUGAAGGGAGACCCUCCACUUCAUCUGCUCCACCCCCUGUGGAGAUGAAACAGUCUGACAUCCCUCCUGCGGUGAUUGGUUCAGGUAAAGGCAGUGGUGUUACAGAAGAUGUCUCACUGCAGACAAAUGAGGCCUACUGUACAGUAACUACUGGAGUUCCAAUGAAGAGAAAUGAGGCAUAUGAGACUGUGCUGAGACCAGAAACUGACACUCUAUCUCCAGUGUAUGAUAUUGUACACUUAUAACCUGUAAUGAAGAAAAUGCGACA